GCGCAGGGGCCGGAGCCGGGCUCCCUGGCUCUUCGGGAAGACGCGUCACGGGGCGUGGGGGGGGGCGGGAAGGGGGGGCUCUGUCUCCAUCCGCCGCUGGGGCCGGGCCGCCAUGGACGACCUGGAUGCCCUGCUGGCUGAUCUGGAGACCACGACCUCUCACAUUUCCAAGCGCCCGGUACUGCUCACGGACUCUGGGGCAGCCCACGCCAAUGGGCUGGGGCAGGAUGGGACGCCUGAGGCCAGGCCCCCACCGCCACCCUACAACCCUCAGCAGCAGGCCAUGUCUGUGGACCCUCAGCCUGUCUCUGCCCCACCUAGCGGGGGCGAUAAAGAGCAUCUCUACAGCACUGUCUGCAAGCCCCGCUCGCCCCGGCCCAAGGAGCCAGCCGCGCCACCCUUCUCCUCGUCCAGCGGGGUGCUGGGCGCCGGCCUCUGUGAGCUGGACCGGCUGCUGCAGGAGCUCAACGCCACGCAGUUCAACAUCACAGAUGAAAUCAUGUCCCAGUUCCCAACCAACAAGAGCCCUGAUGGGGAGAAGCAGAAGGAGAAGCCAGAGGAUGCUGGGGAAGGGGGGUCCCCAAGCCGCUCUGCUGGCUCCACCCCCCCUCCUGUGAAGCCAUCAGCCACAUCUGCUACCCUGGAGCUGGACAAACUCAUGGCCUCCUUGUCGGACUUCAGAGUCCAGAGCAAUCUCCCGGGGGUCUCGGCUGCGCCGCCCCCAGCCCCCACCCGAGUCUCCCUGGCGCAGCAGCCGGUGUUGUCAUCCGUCUGCCCCAGCCCCUCUGGCCAGCCCCCCACAGCAGCGCCCACCCCGCAGGGUGGCAACUUGGACAGCAUGCUGGUGAUGCUGCAGUCGGACCUGAGCCGCCAGGGGAUCUCCACCAGCACCAAGGGGCUGUGCGCCUCCUGCCAGAAACCCAUCGCUGGGCAGGUGGUGACGGCACUGGGCAACACCUGGCACCCCGAGCACUUCGUCUGCACCCACUGCCAGAAGGAGAUGGGGGGCAGCAACUUCUUCGAGAAGGAUGGCGCCCCCUACUGUGAGAGGGACUACUUCCAGCUUUUCUCGCCCCGCUGCGGCCUCUGCAACGAGCCCAUCCUGGAUAAAAUGGUGACAGCUCUGGACAAGAACUGGCACCCGGAGCAUUUCUGCUGUGUGAAGUGCGGGAGGCCCUUCGGGGAGGAAGGCUUCCAUGAGAAGGACGGCCAGCAGUACUGCCGCCAGGACUUCUACGAGCUCUUCUCCACCCGCUGCCAGGGCUGUGGCCAGGCCAUCCUGGAGAACUACAUCUCGGCCCUCAGCGCCCUCUGGCACCCCGAGUGCUUCGUCUGCAGGGAGUGCUACGCGCCGUUCCUGCAGGGCAGUUUCUUCGAGCACGGCGGGCGGCCCUUCUGCGAGACGCACUACCACAAGCAGCGGGGCUCGCUGUGCUGGGGCUGCGAGAAGCCCAUCGCCGGGCGCUGCAUCACCGCCAUGGCCCGCAAGUUCCACCCCGAGCACUUCGUCUGCGCCUUCUGCCUCAAGCAGCUCAACAAGGGCACCUUCAAGGAGCAGAACGACAAGCCCUACUGCCACCCCUGCUUCCUCAAGCUCUUUGGCUAAGCCACGCCCUUGUCUGGGCAGGCCCCGCCCCCAGGCCAAGCCACACCCCAUCAGGCCCCGCCCAGAAGCCAUGUCACGGCCCACUCCCACAGCCACGCUUCAGCAGGCCAUGCCCUGGGCACAUCCCACU